AUGGCGCAGGACCCACGAGCGCUGCUACAAAAGGCAGAUAAAGCUGCCCAAGGCGCAGGGGGCGGUUUCUCUCUAUUCGGUGGACGAACGGAGAAGUACGAGAAUGCAGUCGAGCUCUACACACAAGCAGCCAAUGCCUUCCGCAUGCAAAAGUCCGGGAAGGAAGCUGGCCAGGCAUUCGAGCGCGCCGCAUCAAUACAGACGAACAACCUGAAGGAGCCUGAUGAUGCUGCGAACACGCUUACAGAGGCUUACAAGAGCUACCGGAAAGAUGAGCCAGAGGAUGCGGCGCGGGUCCUGGAGCAGGCGAUAUCACAUUACACAAUGAAGGGCAACUUCCGGCGAGCGGCGACGCAUAAGCAGAAUCUGGCGGAGCUGUAUGAGGUGGAGCUGGGAGAUCAGAAGAGAGCAAUGGAGGCGUAUGAGACAGCUGCGGGAUGGUUUGAGAACGAUAAUGCUGAGGCCCUGGCCAACAAGCUCUACCUCAAAACCGCCGACCUCUCCGCACUCGAGGGAGAUUACUACAAAGCCAUCUCCAACUACGAGCGAGUGUCGAAGAGCUCAAUAAACAACAACCUCAUGAAGUGGUCGGUCAAAGAAUAUCUCCUGAAGGCCGGCAUGUGCCACCUCGCAACCGCAGACGUCGUCGCCACGAAUCGAGCAAUGGAGAGCUACCGCGACCUCGACCCUGCAUUCGGGCAGACAAGGGAACACCAACUGCUGGUGGAUCUUGCAGAGGCAGUGGAGGAGGGCGACCAGGAGAAGUUUGCCGAUAAGCUUUUCCAGUUUGACCAGAUGUCGAAGCUAGACAAGUGGAAGACGACGAUUCUCCUGCGGGUGAAAGAGGGCAUCGAGGAGAAGGGUGAGGACUUCUCGUGA